GGCAAAGCAAGCUGUUACGGAGGUCAUGAAGGACCUCUAAAGAGACCCUGCAAUAAGGUUGCCAGUUCGGCCCAGGGAUAAUACAUCUAGAAGAACAUGACAUGGCCGCCGUUCUUCAGGGAAUGUCAGGCACGUUUUCCGUCCCAAUUUCCCCCAGUCUCGACGGCGUCAUAAGCAAGGCCAAAGAGUCAAUAUCCACAUAUUGGUACGUGAGUGGCGGUACUGCCACUAGCACCCAUCGUAACAAACUUGAGGUCUUCAAGUAUGCGACGGACAUUACCCUGCACGGCUAGGACCAAGGAGCAUCGCACAGCUGAGGGUCUGCGAUUGCUGAGAUCCCGACAUUUAGCACCCCCAAUCUCAACUCUCGGCUAUGUUGCUGGCUCUAAGGCUGCCAAGCUGGGCCUCUCUCUCAUCCUGGUGGGAACACUGUGCCUGUACCCGGACCGGCUGGCCCAAGCCUGUCAUGCAGAGGCUAGCCGCCAAGGGGAUUUUUUCACAUCAGUCACAUGGCUGCAUAUAUGAGUGGCAGUUGGUCGAUAUGCUAUUUAAGCGUAAACAUUCCAAGGACCUAGCACGUAUGCUCCGCUCCAGAAGGGGGACCGCGCCGUGGUAUUGUACAUACAUCACGAAGGGGCCGGGGAGCUAUGAGGUAGUAGCCGCGUAUCUGACAGGUUGCUGGUGGGCUUGGCUGCAACAGUAAUCUAGAUGCGGCGAGAACAGGGGUACGUGAGUAGCCUGUAGGUCUUUAAGAAUAUGAGAAGACGGUCGUUAAACUUGUGUGUUCAACCCCGGGAAAGGCGAUGAGCCCAAACUCUCGAGGAUCGUCUAUAUGAGGCUUUAAGUUGUCUUGGAGAACCAGGAAAACGAACGCUUAUUCGUAAUAUCUUCAGUCCUGGAAUUCCGGGAGAAAGGGGACGGAGAAAAGGCAGGGUAUACCCUUUUUGGCAAGUGAGGUCAGGGGACUCAGGGGUUGCACUUGCCAGAUCGGCUGAUAAGGACAGCCUUGCGGGUCUAUUAGCAAAGAUCCGACCAGUGACGACAUUCGAUGAAGGCUAGCGCCGAUCGUGGCUGACAGGAACAUCAGCGUCGUUGG